AAACACAACCUCUCUUAUUUUGUUUGUCAACACACACACAAACACAAACACAAACACAAACAGUCUCUCUCUCCUUUAAUUUUUACCCCUUUCUUUCUCUUUCUUCUAUGGUGUUGUAACUUCAACCAUGGCAGUAGAACUGAUGACAACAGGUUACAGAACCGACAGUUUCACAGCCAAAGCCGAAGAGAAUGCUGUCCAAGAAGCAGCUUCCGGCUUAGAAAGCGUUGAAAAACUCAUUAAAUUACUAUCCGAAGCUCGUCAUAAAUACCAAUCACCUUCAUCUUCAUCUUCCUUUUCCCCUUCAAAUCCCAACAACCCUUCAUUCGAAAUCGAAAGAGAUUGCAGAGCUGUUGCUGACGUGGCAGUUUCUAAGUUCAAACGCGUUAUUUCACUUCUCGAAAGAACAAGAACAGGACACGCUCGUUUCAGAAGAGCACCUUUACCUCAAUCUCCACAAAAUCAUCCAAUUCAACAAACCCAACAGAAAAAAUCCAAAAUUUCUGAAUCUACAAUCUUCAACGCUACACCUUUGCAACAGAUUCCACCAAUUAAUCUUCACCGACCUUUUAAGGAUUCAUCCAAGACUCUGAAUUUUUCAUAUUCUUCUUCUGUUGCUGCUAAUUCGUUUAUUUCUUCGCUCACCGGCGGCGAAAUUGAUAGCAAGCAACCGUCGUCUUCGUCGCCGGCGGGGACUUUUCAGAUCACGAAUUUGUCUCAGGUUUCAUCUGUUGGUAAGCCUCCACUUUCUUCUUCUUUGAAAAGGAAGUGUAGUUCUGAGACUUUGGGUUCUGGAAAGUGUGGUAGUUCUUCUAGUCGGUGUCAUUGUUCUAAAAAAAGUAGGAAAUUGAGAUUGAAGAGGGUUGUUAGGGUUCCUGCAAUAAGUUUGAAGAUGGCUGAUAUUCCACCAGAUGAUUAUUCUUGGAGGAAAUAUGGACAAAAACCUAUUAAAGGUUCACCUCAUCCAAGGGGUUACUACAAGUGCAGUAGUGUGAGAGGGUGUCCAGCUCGCAAACAUGUAGAAAGAGCUUUGGAUGAUGCUUCUAUGCUGGUAGUUACCUAUGAAGGAGAGCACAAUCACUCCCUUUCUGCACCUGAUGCUACUAAUCUCAUUCUUGAAUCAUCAUAAAAUCUCAAAAUCAAUGUUUUAAUUAAUUAAAUGUUACAUUUUCAAAAUGGCAGUGAUGGUUAUGGUUUGUAGAAUUAAUGCAAACUUUACUCAAUUUCGAAGGAAAUUAGUGGUUGUUUAAUUUCCCCGUACAAUCCAUAAAAAAAAAGGAGUCAAGAUAGUGGAUUUGGUAAACGGAUUUGAAUCUCAAAGUUAAAAAAUUCAAAGUGGGUUUUAUUUCCUUUUUUUAAUUUUAUUUUCCCUCAUUUGGUUACUUUAUUAUCUUUGAUUUUUUUUUUUAUCUUGGAUUCUCUUUUAUGCUCAACGGGUUUUUUUCCUUUGAAAUUGUAAAAAGAGUAAAGUGAAAAAACAAAAGCAAUGAAAAGGACUUAGUCAAAGAAUUGAAAAGAAGAGAAGGGACAUGUCGUGUAUAGGACGGUUGACUAAAAGAGAUUGAGAGAGAAAUAGUUGCUAAACGUGUGAAUGAAAUCAAUGAAUGAAAGUGGGUGGUGAGUUGGGAGAAAAGAAAAAAAAAAAGAAAAGGGUUAAUAAAAAAAAGAGUUUUUAAUGCAAAAAAAAAUGUGUUGGACCCUUUGGAUUCUAGGAAAAAGGUUGGCUAGGAAAUGAGGUGCAUUGAAGAGAGGUUAGAUUGGAUGGUGUUGAAUGAUUCUUUGUGGGAAAACCAAUGGCAAAGUCAAAAUGGGUGGGUGUAGAAUUGAUAAGUUCUUUUCUAGCACUAAAAAAGGGUCCUACCUUGUUUGCAAAAUUUGUUCUUUUGCUUGCUUUGCCUUUGCCUUAACGUCAACUUUGUUACACAUAUAGGUCCCCUCUUUUGUUCAUUCAUCAUUAUCUUCUAUUUCAUUAUUUACACGCAUGUGGUGGUACCUCAAUCAUGUAUAUAAAAUAACCAAUCUUCUGUCUUGUU